AUGACCGUUCCGUUCCCAGACAUCGAUCCAUACAAGGAAUUGGGGUGCGAGCAAAACGAUGCUCCUCCGGCUAUCAAGAAGGCCUACUACAAGCUCUGUUUGAAGUACCAUCCCGACAAGUUGUCGGAGAAAGAUCAGGUCAAGUAUAAAACCAAGUUUGAGAAGAUCCAGUUUAGUUACCAAGUUCUGGGUGACCAGAAAAGACGCGAACGGUACGACAGAACAGGGAAUCUGGACGAAAGUGUUCCCGAUGACGAUGAUUUCGACUGGUACUCGUUUUUCCAGGAGAUGCGGAACUCUGACGUGAAAGUCACUUCUGAGCUGAUCCAGAAAGAUAAAGAGAGCUAUCAGGAGUCUCACGAGGAAUACGAGGAUGUUUUAGAGACAAUGAUCUACUACCAAGGAGAUUUUCUCAAGCUGUUUGAGACAAUCCCGCAUUUGGAGUUCGGGGACUCAGAAGAGGCCCGAAUGUACAAAUUGGUGAACCAGAUGGUUGAAGCCGGCGAUUUGCAGGAUUACAAAAGAUGGCAGAAAUACGUGAAGAAUCGGGUCUCUGAGAAGAAGAAGCUGGCACGGAAGUUGAGGAACGAAAGCGACGAGGCAGAAGAGGCUCUUAAAGAGAUCAACGAGAAAAACAAACACAAACUGGACGGUUCUGAGGACUCGCUCCGACAACUUAUACAGUCGAAAAAAUCGCACACUUUUGACGAUCUGAUAGCCAAAUACUCUCAACCGACAAAAGCCACGAAAUCCAAAACAAAACGCUCAAAGCCUUCCGAGUACGACCUGGACGAUUCCGAGUUCGACAAGAUCCAGCAGCGCCUGAAGAAGCACAAACAAAAAUGA